AUGGAGAGCGUGACGAUUCCGUGCUUCAGCGUUAAGGAUGGCCUCCAGUUUUCCGUCGAGAUCGAGCCGAACAAAUUCAUUGGGUCCUUGGUAAAACCCAUCGCAGCCGAGCUGGAGUCCGUGCUGAAACACCGUAAGCUGCCGGCCGAUAUGCAGCUCUACCUGGCGCGGAAGGGUGGCGAAUGGCUGGACCUGGCUGGUGCGAAAGCUCAUGGAUGGAUGCUCUACUUCGAGGAGAUCAACCCUUUCAGCAGCGACCGGUACUUCGGAGGGGAGUUUCGCGCUGAGGGUAAGGUUCUAGUGCUGGUGGUGGAAUCUGCACUACCACGUCUGGAGCACAAGCGAAAACUAGCGAGGUGGAUCAACCGGUUGCUCGACAACCAUGGCCCAACGCCACCCACAACGUCAACAGCAGACUCGAAGUUCCAACAGAUCAACAAAGAGAAUUAA